GCAUGCAGAGCUGUGGCAUGUCUGCCUGUCUCGGUGCUGUGUGCGCCCCACCUCCGCUCAGCUCCAAGCAGCUCGCCGCUCUGCUCGAUCGUUUGCCUGCUCUUCGACCUUGUCCGUCAGCUGCUGCUUCUCUAAAAUGUGAAGAUGAGUUCGGACUGACUGGGUCAUGGCAGCUCUGAAGUUAUACAUGGCAUCUACAAACCCGAGGCUCCAUGGGUCUCUGCCGCCGGGGUUCAUGAGAUGCCGCUCCUAUGAGGACUGCUGUGGUUCCAGGUGCUGUGUGCGGGCCCUCUCCAUACAGAGGCUGUGGUAUUUUUGGUUCCUCCUGAUGAUGGGUGUGCUUUUCUGCUGCGGAGCUGGCUUCUUCAUCCGAAGGCGCCUGUACCCACCGCCACUGCUUGAGGAGCCCGCGUUCAACGUGUCCUACACCCGGCAGCCCCCCAACCCCGCACCAGGAGCCCAGCAGCUGGGGCCGCCAUACUACACUGACCCUGGAGGACCAGGCGUGAAUCCCGUUGGGAACAUGGCGGUGGCUUUUCAGGUGCAGCCCAGUUCUCCCCAGGGCUGCGUGGCCUACCCACCCCCUCCUUCCUACUGCAGCACCCCGCCGCCCCCCUACGAGCAGGUGGUCAAGGACAAGUAGGCCACUCUGCGGCCAGGGCAGCCAGGGGCGGCUCCACUCCUCUCAGAGCAAGCACAGCUCCCUCUCGUGUUCCUGUGGAGGACGAGGUCUGAACCCACACUGUGUGUCCUCUGUUGCUUCCAUUUCGACGUGGUGUGUGCUCUCCAGCAGCAUGGUGACUGUCCCCAAGGCUGACAGUGAGAGAGAGAGGAGGAGAGGCAAAGCGAGGCUGCAGCAGCCAGGGUCAGCUGUCAUGCUGGGGGACGGCCCCUCAACACUCUUCUGUCCGCACCUACAUCCUGCAGCCAGGCCCCUCUGCCUGGAUGGGACCCAGCACACACAGCUCCCACAGCAAAAGAGGGUGGGUGGGCCAAGCCAGCUUCUGUAGCUCCUGUUACCUGAGGAAGCCCUUUGAGUCCCAGGAGGUCACCUCCCCCAGGCCUGGACAGCGCCCAGGGCUCUCGGUCGGACUUGGGGAAGCACGUCCCCACUCUGUGCCCCGUCUUGUGCCCCUGAGGUCACAGCCCAGUGGUUCCCCACACCCUGUCCCGGGGCUGUGCCGGUGGGGGAUUGGAUGGACAUGGGGAAGGGCCAAAGGCACAGCCAGUGUGGGAGCCCACGGCCCUGGGGACUGUGGAGGGCCGCAGGGGAUGCGGGGGGUUGCUGAGAAGACAAGGGGAUGGGAACAGACGUGGUGGCUCUGGCCAUGUCAUUAAAAUUACCAGGACAAUGUAAGGGACGCAGACCCCGUGGAGGCGCCCCUCACCCCAGGACCCUCAGUGGUCUUGGGCGCUGUUGACAGGAGAGGGGCUCGUCCCCAGCAUAGUCAGUCCUGUGAGUGUGAGCGCGGCGCAGACUGAGCCGGACCGCACCGUGUGGAGUGAGCAGUGCGGCCCAGACACCUUCACGGACUGCUGUGUGCAGUGUUGCGGGUGCAGGAUGGGGUGGCUUCUGGAAGCCUCUAGAGAAACUCCCGCUCCUGUGGACCUGGAGGGCUCGCCAUACUGUCAGGCCAAGAGGCCCACCGUCCUUUUCCUGCCAGGGGUAGGACCUGGACUUCGAGGGCAGGAACUGCGGGGCGCCCCAGGGAACAGUCAGAUGCUGCCACCUGGCCUGAGCUCCGUGUUGACCUGACCUCUGUCCGCUGCCUGUCCUCGACCCAGUGAGACCGAUGAGACCGCAAAGCACAACGUCCGGUGUUUACAACCCCAGAGUUCCAUCAGCUCCUUCCCUCCAGGGCAUUUACUUUGCAUUUUUAAUGUCAGUUUCUCUCUUUACUUUUUUAAAUAAAGAAGCACAGUGAGAGCUCCCUGGGUGUGGACCAGGCACAGCUGCAUCAAGCGCCGAAGUCCGUACUGAAUUUUGUUCAUCUUUUUGAUAGCAAAUGAUCUUAAGAGACUGAACCCCAGGGACUCAAUGUUUUAUACUCCAUGUGAGAAGCGGCAUCCCCGUGCAGCCGGCCCAGUCCUGUGCCUGGCGUCUCCUCCACUGUGUGUACCACCCUGCAGGGCCUGCGGGUAAGAGAGCUCGGGCGGGUCUGUGCAUGCUCUUCCUCGGUCGCGCUUGGGUCCUGUCGCCGUUUUUGUUCUUUUGAUAGAGUCCUGUUUCCUAUGUAUGUGGAAUAAAUACGCGUUUGGUCACG